AUGUUUUCCAGUAACUACUAUGACUGGAAUUCACUAUUUCAAACACACAUGAGUCUUCCUUCGGAUGAUGACGACGACAUAAGCAUGUUGUCUUCGCCGUACCCGUCUACCGUUCAUGAAUGGACUAAAGCAAUUCGCCGGCCCACUUCCUAUCGCGUUGGCAAUGCAAGAUUUCACUUGAAACCCAGGGUGGUUUUAUAUGGUGCGCUACUUAGCGCAUCCAUUCUUAUUUUGUUGAUCGUGCUUAUGCCGAAGUCACCGCCAUUAGUGUCGUGUGAUUCAGGCAAGAACUCGUUUACGAGUUCUUAUGAUCCUACCUAUCCACUAACAAAUCCGUUAAAAACUCCAGAUGGAAUCAUCUAUCGCAUUGGUUUGAUCACAGACCUGGACACAGACUCCAAGAGCAAGGAGACAAAGACGACUUGGUUUAGUUACUACAGGCAGGGAAAUCUAACUUUGUCAGAAAAUAGAGAUUUGAUAACUGUAAAAUUAACUCUGCCACAAGUGCUUGUUUCUAAUAUUGCUGCAGGAGACCGAGGGAUGGAGUUGUCUGAGCUUGUCACAUUCAAUGGGAAGUUGUACAGUAUCGAUGAUAGGACCGGUAUAAUAUAUCAGAUCGAGCGUAACACAGUAAUCCCUUGGGUUAUAUUGUCUGAUGGUGAUGGGAAGGUCAAUAAAGGUUUUAAAUGUGAGUGGGCCACAGUUAAAGAUCAGCGUUUAUAUGUUGGUGGACUCGGCAAAGAGUGGACCACAGAGAAAGGAGAAGUGCUAAAUCUCAAUCCACAGUGGGUGAAAUCUAUAGGCCCUGAAGGUGAUGUUGAACAUAUAAACUGGCACGACAAAUACAACGCUCUCCGAGCCAAAACAGGAAUGUUAUUACCAGGUUACAUAAUUCACGAGGCUGCAGCUUGGAGUGAUGUACAUAAGAAGUGGUUUUUCCUUCCCCGGCGAGCCAGCAGGGACGUUUAUGAUGAAGUGAAAGAUGAGAAACGAGGUACCAAUCUGAUGUUCAUAGUGGACGAAGAAUUUGAGAACAUCGAAGUGAGGACGAUCGGUGUCAUUAAUCCGACGCAUGGUUUUUCUUCAUUUAAAUUCAUCCCCGGGACCCAGGACAGUAUUAUUGUUGCUAUAAAAAGUGAAGAAGACAGUGGAAAAAUUGCCUCUUAUAUUUUAGCCUUUGAUUUACAUGGGAAAGUUUUAAUGCCGGAAACCAAAAUUGGGGCUGUUAAGUAUGAAGGUGUUGAGUUUGUAUGA